UAAAUUUGAAAAGCAAUAAAAUAAUCAUCAAUGAUUAAAAACACUAAAUUUCACUAAUCACUACAUUUUAUUAUUUUAUAGAAAAUAUUUAUAAUCUAAAGUUAUGUUGAUUUACAAAUAAAAUGCAUUUUGUUUUCUUAAUGAUCUAAUUUCUAUAACGCGUUAAACUUGUUCCUGGUCAAUCAAUGGAAAUGAAUACAAUCUAUCGUUUUUAGUCAUUUUUCUUAUGUGAAAAUUUUAAUCGUCAUAUGUACAAUGAAUUUAAACAAUAUACUGUUGAAGAUACUAAAACUGAUCAUCGGCAUAUAAAUGAAUUGUUUUUAUGAAAAAUAAUAAGAAAAAAAUUGAAUAUUAUUAUUUAUGUAUAGAUAUGGUGUUGAAUGUCUAUUUCGAUUUUAUACAUAUGGUAUAGAAAAACAUUUUCAACAAGAAACUCUCUGUGAUCAUGAAGCUGGUCAAUUAUAUGAUAUUUUAAAAAACUGUAGAAAUCUUGAAGAUUUUCGUGUUGAUGGUGCAUCAUUUCCACAACAAUUUUUUCCAACAAAAUCAAAUUAUAACUGUUCCAGCAUCCGAAGCAAUUUAAAUUCAUUAAAAUCCAAUGGUGAACAAUAUCUGAACGAUGCUAAACUUUAUACACGUUUUGUUUUUCUUUUAUUUUGUCUAAAAUAA